AUGGCCGAUGUGUGGAUCGGGCGGAAGCGGUGGACGUGCAAGUACUGCAACGUAACGAUCAACGAUGAUAUCCCUUCGCGCCAGCACCACGAGAGUGGCCAGCGCCACAAGAACAAUGUAGAGCGCUCGCUCCGGGGGCUGUACAAGGAAAAUAGCGAGAAACGCCGCGAGGAGGAGCGCGCGGCGCGCGAAAUGGCGCUCAUUGAACGCGCGGCCGAAGCGAGUCACCGGAAACAGGACACGCCUGAUCAGCCGCGCGUGCGUAUGCGCCCGACUGCGCCGCCGCCGCCCAAGGCAUGGAAGCCAGGCGACAGUAUGGCUUCGUAUACCACCGCCAAGGCGCUCGGCGUGGGGGACGAGGACGAGGCCGAGUGGCAGAAGAAGUUUGCAAGGCGCACAGGCGCGGCCAAGGUCGGCGAGUGGGAGACGGUCACGGCGCCCGAGCCUCCGCAGGAGGAGGACGAGGAAGAGGAGGACGAGGAAGAGGAAGUCGUGCAAGAAGUGCCGCUCGUGUCCGAGCGUGACAAGGCGCGCUCGUUCCAGAUUACAGAAAAGACACUCGAGGACGAGGAGGACGACGAUCUGCCGGUCAUUGUCACCAAGCGGCCACGUACCGCGGAGCGCACGGACGUCGCGCACGCUUCCGACGCCAGCGGCGAGGUCAAAACUGAGCCGGGCAUCAAAGAAGAGGCCCAGGACAUCAAAGACGACCCGGAUGCCGACACGUCAGUACCCGCUAUGCCCCUCUCUGGCGACACGGUCAAGCAAGAAACGCCAGCUCCUGCCGAGUCCUUGCCUGCCGAGGCACCCAAGCCGCCUGCGGACCUCACCUCCACCGCCGUACCCGCUGCUCUGUCCACCACACCUGCUUCUGCACCCAGCGACGCGCCCGACCUCUUCCGCAAGCGCAAAGUGCGGGGCGGCGCUACGAAAAAGGUCGGCGGCGGCGCCUUUGCCUAG